AUGUCGAACCAUCAAGCACCUGUCGAAGCGCUCUUGAUGAAAUCAAUUCUUGGCCAACAGCUUGUGGAUACAAAGCUCCACACGUUCUCAAGCCGCUCAGCACAUCCACGUAAAGUCAUCCGACCUCAAGCCUUGUUCGCCAACGACGUUGUUCUGAUAGCACGUUCCGAGUUUUUUGCCGAGCUAUUGUCGAGAACGGGAUCACCUGACGCCACAUUUGUUGACUUCGAUGGUGGCUCAGAAUUCGAAGAUGGAAUAACACUCGAUGACUACGGAUAUGCAUCUGACAGUGAUCUCGAAGAUGAAGAAGAGGACAGAAACAUCAGUGAAUCAGAAAAUGAUGAAGACGACGACAUACUGGUUUUGGCAGACACUAUAUCCGAAAAUGAUGCCUUGACCGGCCCAUCAGAAGCAGAAAAGCCUAUCGCCCCUACUCUCAUUCAACACCAACCACAAGUUGUCAACUACCGGAACAUACUCAUGCGAGACACGGCCUUCAGGACAUUGAAAGCAUUCUUACUGUAUCUAUAUACGAACACAAUAUCCUUCUCCCCACUCAAGUCCCAGGGACCGCCCGGAACUGAUGGGCAGACCCCAAACCCUAGCACUUCGUGGCCUUGCUCACCGAAGUCGAUGUAUCGUUUAGCCUCCAAGGUUCGACUCGACAACCUUCGUGAUCGUGCUUUCUAUGAGAUACGUAAUAGGUUGGAUGCGAAAAAUGUUCUCCAAGAGCUUUCUUCAUCAUUUACAUCCAAGUAUCCUGCAAUCCUGCAAAUGAAUGUAGAAGUCCUACUCCAGCAUAUCGCAUCUGUUCCUGUCAUCCAGAAUAUCCCUGCGCUGCUCAGGAGGAUUACCGACUCACAAUUGCCCCAUGGAGCAGACAUUAUCAUUAGUUUGUACCAGAAAUUUUUGCUGCAGCACCAUCCUCGGGCGCUUGCACUUGCGAAUGCGCCGAUUGACUUGAAAGGGAAAGGUGGCAAGAAGGGAAAAAAAUAG